GAGGCCUGGGCGGGCGGAGGGAGGCUGUGGAGAGAGCCCAGAGCCGAGCGCACAGCGCAGCGCGCUGCCACAGCCCCGAAGCUCCCACCGACGGGCGCAGCGGGAGUGAGCGGAGCCGGGAGGCGCGCUCCGGGCAGAAAGAGCCGAGCAAGGCGUACGGACGCGCGGGCGCCCUCCCCGAAAACCUGCUCGCGCCGCGCCUCUCGGCCAGCAUGAGGCUCCUGACCGCCGCGCUGCUCCUGCUGCUCCUGGCGCUGUGCGCCGCGCGCGUGGACGGGUCCAAAUGCAAGUGCUCCCGAAAGGGACCCAAGAUCCGCUACAGCGACGUGAAGAAGCUGGAAAUGAAGCCAAAGUACCCGCACUGCGAGGAGAAGAUGGUUAUCAUCACCACCAAGAGCAUGUCCAGGUACCGGGGUCAGGAGCACUGCCUGCACCCCAAGCUGCAGAGCACCAAGCGGUUCAUCAAAUGGUACAACGCCUGGAAUGAGAAGCGCAGGGUCUACGAAGAAUAGGGUGAAAAGUCCCUGAUGGGAAAACUUCACACCAGUUGGGAACAAGCAAAGGACUUUGCAGAUUCAAAAAACAAACCCUUUCUUUCUCACAGGCAUAAGACACAAAUUAAAUAUUGUUACAAAGCA